AUAAAUAAUUUAGCAUGCAGAUUGCAGAUCGUAAAAGUAGAAAUGGAACAAAUAAUUUACUUCUGUUCUUCAUAUACUAUAUAAGUAACUAAUAAACAAAUAACUGAUUUGCUCUUAAACAUUUGAAUUUUAGAAUAUCAUGGCGACAUUACGAGAACAAAAUAUUAAACAUAAGGGAAUUGUGAAAAAAAAACAAAAGCCCAGAUGUUCUAUUACAAAUCCUUUCGAAAAAUUUUGGUAAUAUUUAUUUUUUAACUGAUUUCACUUUAAUAAUUCAUUAUUAUUUAAUAAAAACAAUUUUUGUAUCAUAUAGGCCACUUUUAGAUUCAAAAGAAUCUGAAUUAUUAGUUAAUGUCAUGAAAAAGUAAGUACUAUAUAUUAAACAAGUAACUUAUAGUAAAUUCUAUAUAGUGGCGCCGAACUUAAAUUAAUUUUAAGGGGGCAAAAUUAGUUUGUGUACCACUCGUAGAAGAUCCAAGGAGGCAAUGGCUACGAAGAAAAAGUCCCCUAUGUUCUUCAAAAACUUAUAAUUUGUGAGUUGUUUUGAACGAAAUUACCAAUUACAGUAUAACAAAUAAUAUGUAUCACUAUAAAUUAAUAUAUGUAUUAUGUAUAUAAACAAUACAUACAUACUUUAUAAAUGAUUAUAUCACAGUAUCUAAAUGUAUUUAAUUGUGAGUAUAUCAAUCAUUAAAGUUAAAAUUAAGUUUUUAUCAUAAACAUAUGCCCUGUGAGUUUUAAUAGUCGCCCCUUUGUUAUGACCAACCGACCACCAACUACUGCAAAAAGAAUGGGGUGACUGUUCCUCUUGGGUUAUAGAUUUAGCGCCACUGUAUAAAGGUGUAAUUUUAAAUUAUAUUUUACUCAAUAUUAUUUACCGAAUUGUAUCAUUAUAUCAUAUUUAUACAUAUAUAAUAAGCAUAUCAUGGCUCUUUAGUUAAACCGUACCAAAUUUCAAUUUUUUAUUGGAGGUAUUUUAACUGAAAGAUUGUCUAAAAAUUGUGUGUUAAUAUGUUGAUUAUGCAUGCCUUUUUGUAGUUUUCACUCUAGUGUGUAUAUAACUUUUUAAUCCUUAUCCUUUAAUUAUGCUAAUUAAUAAUUAAAUAUCGUUCAGCCAUUCUCAGGAAAUAUCAAACUAUUUUCAUCAUGUGUAUAUUGGACACCAAAUGGCAUUGAACGUGUUGCUAAACUAACUAUAAAAAUUUAGUUGUUUAGUCCCUAGUUAGUAUAAUAAUAGAAUGUUGAUAUUUAUUUUACGCAUUAUGCACUCACUACCAAUUAAUGUAACGUAUGAUUAAUAAACUUCAAGGCUAUGAAUAACAAUAGUUCAUGAUUUUUUUAUUAUAGUUCUUAAAUAUAUUUAUAUUAAGUGUUAACAGAAAAAAAUUUAAACUAUUAUCAAUUAUAUCGUUUUCAACUUUACAAGUAUUAUUAUUGUGUCACGUUAUUUGUAUUAACUCUGCAACUAUUAACUUAAUCAUACACAGUAGAGUUACUGUUUAGAAAAUAAAGUAAUUAUAGAAUCACGCUUCUAUGUUGAUGUCUCUCUUGAGUAGUCUAAUGUUACCAAAUCUAAAAAUAUAAAUAGCAAUGAAUUUUAUGUUUUUUUUUUUUCACAAUCAUAUCAAGACUGGUCAAUGCAUGAGCGCAAAAUAUCACAUUUUUGUUUUGUUUUUUAAAGUCAUCAUCAUUUCAGGGGUUUCAAUCAUGAUUUUGGCUUUUAAGCUGUAAUGCAAACUAUUUAAAAACUGUUUUAAAAGUCAAAGGCAUUUUACAUAUUUAUGUUUAUAAAAUAUGAAGAUGUAACUCUUAACAUUUUUUGAAUCUCAACAUUUCUUAAACAUAUUUAACUUCACUAUCAAAUCCAUUUCUAUACCUACAAACUAUAGCCCUACAAACUAAUCACAUUUAGUAGUUAACACUUACCAUUUAUUAAACAUAAUUCAUUUAAAUAAAUACAUUUACUAUGAUUAUAUAUUUUAGGACUAUUUGUAAAGAAAAUGGUAAACUAAAAGUUAAUUGGUUUACUUUGAAAAAAUUACCUUUAGAUGUACGAAAAUGCCAUAUUAAAGAUCUUUCUAACAAACAUAAACUUAUAAAUUCUGAUUUAAGAGCUCAAAGGUAAUGUAAAUAAAUUUUCACUUAUUAGUAUUAGGUUUUUUUUUAUUUAAUAAUUAUAUGUUAAUGUAUAAUAUAUUAUAAUUAUUAUUUUAGGUUAGUUUUGAAAAUGGGUAUAAAUGAAGUUAGUAGAAAUAUUGAAAAAAAUCAGAUCGCUUGUUGUUUGAUUGCUGACGAUGUAUCUAACUCUAUGAUUUCCAAACAUUUAUUAUUAAUGACUGCUGCAAAAAAAGUACCUGUUGUUAUUCUUCCAAAUAUGCGUUCAGUUACAAAACUUAUAGUUGGAUUUUCAUCUGCAGCAUUAGGACUAAAGGUUUGUAUGAUUUUUACAUGCAAUUUACAAUGUAUGACCUUUUAAAAUUUUUAGUUUUUUUUUGUUAGAUUGAUAUAUUGAAUAACACAGAAAGUUCCCUACAUAAUCUCUAUCAAAUUGUAAUUCAGUUAUCAAAUAAAUUUAAAAACCCAUAUCAUCAACAAAUACCAAAAAAAGUAUUACAAAUUGCAGAAAAUCAUUUAGAAUUAAAUCUUGAUAUUGAGAAUUAUUUAUUAAAAAAACCCAGAGAAGGUAAGGCUUUUGUACCAGGAGGUAUAACAAAUAUUAAGCCAUCCAAUGACUUAUCAUUUAUACCUAUUAACAAAAUGAUAGUCAAUGAACAAGAGCCAUUUGAACAAGAUGAAGAACUCAUUGAAAACUCAUUAUCUACUGAUUUAUUUAGCAUAGACACUAAACCAUUAUGUAAUGAAGAUUUAGAAGUAUCUGUGAAACGUAAAACAAAACCUUUUGAAGAACCUUUGAGAUAUUAUGGAUUAAAAAUCAAAAAAUUGAAACCCAAUAAUAACAGGAAAGGAAAAAAAAAUGUUAACACAACAAAUUAAUAAAAGUUAUACAAAAUUAACUAUCAGUUAUUUUUAUUCAAACAAUAAUACAUUGUCAGAGUGUUUAAUUAAGAAUUUAUUGCCUUAAAGUUAAAGUUAGGCUCAUAAAAUGAUAGUAAAAUGCUUCCAUGAUAGCUAAUAUUAAAAUAGUAACUGACACAUUUUUUUAACAACUUAUAAGCCUGAUUAGAUCUAAGAACAUGUAUUCACUGAAUUAAAGUUUUUGAAACAUGAACACCAUAUACAAAGCUGAAAAUAAAAUGAAUGAAAUGUAUUACUCAUAAUUAUUAGAUCAGAAUAUGCAGUGAUGAUUUGUUUUGCUUAUGGCUUAGUAACUAAAUUUUCCCAUUUAGGGUAAUUAUUUUAUCAUAAACCAUAGAUUGUCUAUAAAGAUUUUGAUUUUUUUCUUUCAUCAAAUUGUUUUAUGAUUUUAUUUUAGAGUGAAAUUUUUAAAAUAUUGUAAAUUAGAUUAUUAAACAAUUCAUUAAGAUAUAACGUCACAAAAAAAAAAAAAAAAAAAAAAAAAAAAACAAAUUUACUUAACAUCUUUAUAGAUUAUUUUUGGUCCGUGAUAAAAUAAUCGCACUGUAUUCCUUACUUGCAACUUCCCACUCAGAGGUAGAUAGAGUUCCUACACUACUCAGUCUAUUUUCAUUCAAAAAUUGUUUGGCUUUAUCAUAAUCAUCUUCUGUUCCCAUAAUUUUACUUCCUUCUUGUGGUGGGUAUACCUUAAAAAUAAUUUAAAAUAUUUAAAUAUGAACUAAAAUAGUUUUUUUACAU